AGGUAUUAUAAAAGCUGUGACAGAUCCUACAAAACUGCGUCCGAUCGUGGGCUAGUGCCAUAGGUAUUUUUGAUGUAAUGUAGUGUUUGUGCCAGACAGCGAUGCUAUGGUAGGGCGACAUUUUCAUAUUCCAAAAGUAAUUCAUUUAUCAUUAAAUAAAGUUGACAAUAAUGAUAUAGUCAUGACGCUUCGUUAAGCCGUAUUAUGUUCACGAAGCGAUCAAGUAAACGCGGAGCUGCUAGACACCGGAUGAUAAUGGAGUGUGACGUGUGACGGUCGCAGAUGCGUUGAGGAGUAUAUGAAAAUUGAUUUACCCCAAAAUGGCACCGACGUUAACAUGGCUAUGUACCUGUUGCUUGCGAUUGAAAUUCACCCAGGAGCAGAUAGACCAGAUAUCCAAGAGUCAGGAAAUAGAUCAACAAUUGGAAAAAGAACGUCAGGAGAAAAGACGCGAAGUAAAAUUACUGCUACUCGGGGCUGGGGAAAGUGGAAAAUCUACGUUUCUUAAGCAAAUGAGAAUAAUUCACGGAGUUAAGUUCGAACCGGAACUUAUCAAGGAAUAUCAGCAUGUUAUUUAUCAGAAUAUCAUCAAAGGAAUGAAAGUGCUAGUUGAUGCUCGUGAUAAGCUCAACAUCCCUUGGGAAAAUCCUAAGAAUUAUGAUAUUGGUUACCAGUUGCUUAAGUUUGAAAAUACUACAAUCUUAGAUACUAGAUUAUUUCUACACUACGUUCCAUCCCUGCAAAGUCUCUGGAAAGAUGCUUCAAUCAAGCAAGCCUUUGAUCGAAGACGAGAAUUCCAGCUGAGUGACUCUGUGCAAUAUUUUCUUGACGACUUGGAAAGGAUCGCUCGUGUGGAUUAUAUACCGACGCAACAAGAUAUUCUGCACUGUCGAAAAGCUACCAAGGGUAUUUCUGAGUGUGUAAUAACAAUAAAGAAUAAAGCCUUCCUGUUCGUUGAUGUCGGUGGACAGCGAUCACAGCGACAAAAAUGGUUUCAGUGCUUUGACUGUGUUACAUCAAUACUAUUCCUUGUAUCUUCCUCUGAGUUUGACCAAGUAUUACUGGAAGAUAGGCGAACGAACAGAUUGGAAGAAUCAAAGAAUAUUUUUGAUACGAUUGUGAACAAUAUCCUGUUUGAAAAAAUAUCCAUAAUUUUGUUUUUGAACAAAACGGAUUUACUUGCAAAAAAAGUGCGAUCAACCGACACAGACGUGCGUUGGUACUUCCCGGAAUUUAUUGGAGAUUCACAUUCCAUGAAGGAUGUACAGAAAUUCAUCUUGAAUAUGUUCAUAUCGGUCAGGAGAGAACAUAAAGCAUCGUUAUUCCAUCACUUCACCACAGCCGUAGACACUGAAAAUAUAAAAGUUGUCUUUAAUGCUGUCAAAGACACAAUACUGAUUCGAAACUUGCAGUCGCUUAUGCUACAGUAAGCUUCUUUGGAGUUAUGGAAUCUCACUGUGAUUAGUUCGGACCAGAUCUGAAACCUUCGAGGAACGUUGGCUAUCAAAAUAGGUAAACGAACUAUGGUAAAAAUGAGGCACUAUAUGAAAUUUAGGAGUUUCCGAUCAGUUGAGGAUUAUAGCGAAUUGGCAAAAUCUUCGUGAAGUCUACGCUAAUAUCAAUCAAAUUAUAAUUCUUUUAACAAUUUUGUAUUUUCACCAAAAUUUUAGAAAUUCCGUACUUUGAAGUGGCACUUCGAUUUUUAUUUUACAUUUACGUUAAUAUAAAAACAUGCUGCAAAAUAACAAGCUUUAAAAUUUCAAGAUGCUACUCUUGUCAACUCUUCAAUUUAUCUUCUACUAUCAUAGGAAAAGCAAGAUCGAUGCGUAUAAAUGUUACGCUAUCAUCCCCUAGUGCUAAACGAGAAACUGCCUGAUACAGCUGAUACUGAUAUAAUAACCAAAAUGGAAAAUUUAUAUAAACAUAUACACGUAUUAUAAGAUAUUCUUCCAUCCCAUUUUGAUACACAUAUUGAUCAAUGGUCUUUGUAAAAAGUCUAAGCUACAUACAACAUAGCGUGUAUAUAGUAACACUUAUCGUUGUCAUAUAAUUUCAGUCGCAACGCAUUCGUAUAAGUAUAUUUAUAUAGGAAAUAUUGAAUUACAAACAAUUGUAACUUCGAGUUUUGUAUAUUGUACAGAUGUUUAAAAUGAUUCCCUUUAGGUCACUGUUAUUAUUAUUAUUAAUAUUAUUAUUAUUAUUAUUAUUGAUAUUAUUAUUAUUAUUAUUACUACUAUGAUAUACGUAAAAAAAAGUGCUGAUCAAAUAACUGAUUUUCGUGAAGAAUUAGGUAAUUUAUUUUUAGGUAAGAUUAGAGAUUUCAAUGACUAAGAAGCAAGCUAAGGAACAAUGAAACCAAAUAUUAGGUCCAUGCCAUAAAAACCAAAUGAAACUAACCAGUUUGUGUUCAAAUUGCUAUGAUCGUAAUUUGUUGUUGAUAAUCCCGAUUAUACUAAUUAAUUUAUUCACUUGUAGUGAGCUUUUUUUCGUUUUUUUUUUUCCAAAACUUCACUUUUGAAUUUUGUCAUAAUAUAGUAUUUCAAAUAUAAUCAAGAAUAAAUUGAUUUUUCUUUAGAAUCCCGUCAUCAAACUGCGAAUUUUACAAUUUAAACCAGUUCUUCUAUUUUUUGGGCCAAGGUUUUAUUUAUUAUUUUACUAUGUUUUUACAGGGCCUGUUUUUUCAUCACUGUAAUAGGUUGUUUAAAAAUACCAGCUUUCUAUCGGACAUUAUUCCAACAUAGUAUGUCAUGUUUUUUACUUGCAAAUUUUUUCAAAGAUUCUGUUGCUAAACGAAUUUGUUACAUUGAAAGCUUUUUUGCAAAUCAGGUAUAAAAGCUCAAUACUAAUAAGCUUCCGAAAUUUUUUUUUUUAUAGCUUAUCGAAUUUCCAUUAUAAUUCGAAAAUCUUGACUGUGAAAAAAGAAAAGAAGUUUCCUCCUUAUUGUUCAUUAUCUCUAUUCGCUGGUAUCCGAAAGGUAGUAAUUUUCCACACAAUUUCUACCAGUAACUCGUAUGGUUCAACUUGAAAUUAUUAUUAAUUGAAACAACUGAUCAACAAUUAAGUUUAUCAUCAUUUUUGUAAUAAUGUCUAUCAUUAUCGCAUGGGUUUUACUUCGUGUGGUAAUGAGUGAUCAAAAAUUAUUAGGUUCUACAUUCCUAUGGAGCCAAUGCGGCCCGGUUUCAACGAAAUUGAGUGUUGUAUUUCUUAAUAUUUUGACUAUUGUAUAUAAAGUUUUACAUGACAAGCGUGAUAUUAUACAUGAUUUAUAUGACUGUCGUUGUCGACCAUCUUUGCGCGUUUCACACAAACUGGUAACGGAUAAAGAAAUUUUUAUUAAAAUAUUUUGAAACACUACAUAAAUAUAUACCUACAAUCUAUACAUAUAUAUAUAUAUAUUUAAUUAUUUGAUAUGCAACAAAUCUGUGCAAGGCUAAUCAACCUAUUUAUAUACACUAUUUAUAUAUAUAUAUAUAUAUAUAUAUAUACACACACACACAUGUAUGUAUAACUUAUCGUAUACAAUGAUAUGUGUAUAGUUAGAAGUGUACCAUGUA